AUGAAGACUAAGUCGCUGGUUCAGAAUUGUCCCCUAUCCAUGUUUGUACGGCAUGGUAGCCUAGAGCUUAUCAAGGUUUGUUUCACAUCAGCUAUUGUCUUAAGAGAAAAUGGCUACGAGGAUGUAAAUAUUGUUAUACAAGAUUCCGUGGACGAGAAUUUGGAAUUAAUUGAACGAAUAAAGAAAGUUUUCACCGACGCCUCCCGGCGUCUAUUUGAAGCAACAGAGAAUCGGGUAUAUUAUAGGAAAAUUAACAUCAUUGUGCCGAAAACAUGGACCGUCACACGAGAAAACUUUUUCAAAGUCCCAUCGUUGUUCUUAAAUGGCUAUGUCACGGUAGAAAAAGGGAAAAUACGAUCACCACAUGUUAAAAAGCAGGGAUGCGGCAAAGAGGGACAGUAUAUGUAUUUGACCCCGUCGUUCCUGCUGAAAACAGGAUCUACCAGAUGGGGAAAUCAUGAAUCUGUGAUUGUUCAUGAAUGGGGACAUCUUAGAUGGGGAUUGUAUGAUGAAUACAAGAAGCGAAGACCGUUUUACCAGCACGCCGGAAAGUGGAAGCCAGUAGGUUGCACAGAAAACGUCGAAGGAAGAGUAAGCCGUGUCCCGUGUAAAAAACCACAGAACGUUACAGACUGCGACGUCAACAACACUGCAAAGAAAAUGGAUUCGCUAUGCAGGUUUUGCCCGAGCAUUUCACAGAGCACCAACACAUCUAUCAUGAGCUUUCAGUUUGUCCCAUCGAUUGCCAUGUUUUGCGACAAAGACGAACCGGCAACUCCUGCAUGGAAACGGCAUAACCGAAGGGCUCCGAAUAGGCAAAAUAAGAUGUGUAAAGGGAAAAGUGCAUGGGAGGUUAUGCGAGAACACGACGAUUUUGUAAACGGAGCAAGCCCUAUUCUACAGAAGGAUACUGAUACGUCGCCGGACUUUGAUAUAAUUCAAGAAGGUGACGCGAUAAGAGUGUUUGUCCUCGACGUAUCCGGAAGCAUGAGCGGGAUGCUUGAAACAAAGUUUGGAUCGGUAAAAGGCUGUGAAAUAAUAUUGAUGUCCGAUGGUGCAGAUGGAAAUGCAAUCCAACUUACAACCGCAGAACAAAAAGCAAUUUCAACUGGCGUAGUAAUACAUGCUGUGUCCAUCUCCCAAGCGGCAGAUCCAAGGAUGAUAAGCCUCGCAUCGGAAACAGGCGGAAAACACUUCAAUUACUUGGAUCAAGGCGGUAUCAGUUUUGCGGCCGUCUUUUCAGAAGCCGUCUCGGGUCUUGUUACUGGGACAAACAACCAAGCUCUGACGACUGGGGAAUACAAUGUCACGGUGACAUCCUCCAAUCACCAUACGUGGGAUUACAUUGUUAAAUCCUUCCCUUCGGAGCCGCAUCCUAUACUAGUGACAUCAAGAUUGUCGACAACACAAUUUGACUUCUCUCUUGAAUCAGCGGAUCUACCUGUAUUGUAUGUAGAUAUAACGAAAGGAAAAGCUCCAGUCGUUGGCGCCAAUAUAGAAGCACAUGUCGAAGCGAGUUCCAAUUUAUGCACUUUGUCGCCAAAGGAUAAUGGCCAAGAUCCCGACUCGUUGGAAGGAGAUGGCACCUAUUCCGUUUAUUUGUUACCGAACUGUUUGACAAAUGGGCGUCUAAAUAUUCGAGUCACGGUCAGUGGAAAGGCGAACGGCACCAGCGUCAUUACAUCAAUUGACGGCGCUUUAGCUAUAGACGAAAGUGAUGCGGAACCGGAAAUUAUUUCCGACAGUUUCCAGCGAUUUUCGCUUCCGGAGCCGAUCUUCAUCAAACAGUUUUCAGAAAGUUUAUCGGAUAUGGUUGCACCAGGACAAAUUACGGAUGUUGAUAUUGUAAACAUAGAAACACGAAUGACUUCAAAUGGUGAAAGCAGAAAUUUCACAAUUUCAUGGACGGCAACAGGGAACGAUAUGAACAAUGGCCAGGCAUCUUCUUAUGAAAUUCGAUACGCAGAUGACAUUGACACAAUUGUUGACAACUUUUCCUCGGCUUAUACGCUUGACAUCGGUAACGUAAGCCUCACUCCGAAACAGUCGGGUAUGAUGGAGGCUAUCGUUAUCUCCGUUGACGCUGAGCAAACUUACGUCGACACGGCUUACCUCGGAAUUGUAGCAGUUGAUGAGACGGGAAAUCGGGGCAAGGUUUCCAACAUAGUGUCUAUCGUUGUUGCCAAAGGGUUUCGUGUUAGCUUCGAGGGAGAAACUAAUUACACGGAAAAUGAAGAAGAAACUACUACGUCGCCAGCUACGACUGUGACACAUUACGUAUCUGCAGUACGAUUAAACGUUGAGGAGAGCCACACAGGGCUUAUCGGUGGCGUUUGCGUCGGGGUUCUUGCUGGAAUACUUGUUGUUGUGCUCAUAACGUUCUUUAUGUUGAGAAAAAGACAAAAGAAAUCUACUUACGAAGUUAGUCGAAUGGGACAAUCUUCACUCGAUGUAUAUGUCAACUUCAGCUACGUGACAGAGAAAAUGUAAAGACUCUAUCAUCUUCGAUGCAUUCACUGUGCUACUGGGAGAAAGUUGUAUUGUGUUUGUUUUAAAUAAAUUCAUGUGACAUGAUUAUGAUUGGAAUCUGAGAAUACAUAAUGGCUGUGUCCAUAAUACGACAAUGAAUCUAAAAUCUACUAGGUUAAGAAAUUACAAACGACCGCUAAAAUCAUUGCAGGAGGAAAUUAUGAAACCAUCCAACCCUUUUAAUAUAUGUUUUAUUGUGCAAGGAAUAUACAUAUACAAUUAUAUAUUUUCUAUAAACACUAUAUUCUACAUAUUUUAAGACUUCACUUUAAAUAUUUUUCGUGCAUGCUCUAGUCCAUUUUCUAUAAAAAAACCCAGGUCCAGCGGAAUGUUAUAAAAUAUUGCCAUGAAGAUAAAAUCAUUCUGCUUAAGGUCGAAUAUAUCUGGCACAGAUAUGGUGUCCAAUGGCUGUGUCAGAAAAUCGCUGAAAGAGAUACAAAAGAGGUAGAAAUGAACUACCAUUUUGAUAACUAUUUAUCAUGCUGUGUCAUUUACUACUACGUCAUUUUAGGCUUGAUAAACACACCUAGUUUGUAUAUAAUAUAUAUGCACUGUGUUUUCAUGGAGUCUUGUGCUGUUGUUCCAUGUUUCUUGUUUGUGUUUGUUUUGGUGGUAUUUGUCUUUGGCGUUUACCCUGUGCCAUUAAACGAGGUAUAUGUUUAAACGUUUGGCUACUGAGCUUGUUUUUGUAGUUUUUCAU